AUUCCUGCCUGUGUGCACUGUGCUUCCCGUGGCCUGACUGUAAACCAGGCUAGACUGCUGAGCUGUUUCUAUGGUGCUACAUCAGAGGCUUAAGAGUCACUGCACGCAGCCAAUCAGAUGACUUGUGGGGGGAACCGUGUGGGCUGUAGUAGCUAACAGAGUGAGUUUGUGAACUUACUUUUGGUGUGCUCUGAAGUUGAAACAGGGAGGACAACUUUCCUGGAAGAGAACAGGAGAAGAAAAUUCAUCAUUUUCAAUGGAAUGACAAGUUUCUGUUGGUCUCACUGUUGACGACAUUGUGUCUUUAAAGCCACUGAGUUCAAUCACUCCCACUUGUAUUGUUAUAGACCACUUUCUUCAUGUUUUAUGAGUGGGCAGUGAGCAAACAACGAGGAAGACUUCACCCUGAAAACCGGACCAGAAAGAACUAGUUUUUGGCAUCUGCUCAGGACAGAACACAAGUUGUUCUGAAAGCCAUAGAGGAAAUUCAGUUGCCAUGGCAGAUAAUGUUAUUGAGGAGGCCGAUAACUACCCUGGCAAGGAUGAGCUGGAAUGGGGCUAUGAAGAAGGUGUUGAAUGGGGUCUUCUGUUUCCUGAGGCAAAUGGAGAGUACCAGUCCCCCAUAAACCUUAACUCUAGGGAGGCCCGCUAUGACCCGCGGCUGCUGGAGGUGGGGCUUAACCCCAACUAUGUAGUUUGCAGAGACUGUGAAGUCAUUAACGAUGGUCACACUGUGAGAAUCAUGCUUAAGUCCAAAUCAGUUGUGACUGGGGGUCCUCUCCCCAGUGACCAUGAGUAUGAAUUGAGCGAGGUGCGCUUCCACUGGGGAAAAGAGAACCAGAGGGGUUCUGAACACACUGUCAACUUCAAGGCUUUUCCUAUGGAGCUUCAUCUAAUCCACUGGAACGCUACAUUAUUCAACAGCGUGGAGGAGGCCAUGGGCAAGAACAAAGGCAUUCUCAUCAUCGCCUUAUUUGUGCAGGUUGGAAAGGAACAUCUUGGGCUGAAGGCCAUCACAGAUGUCCUGCAGGACCUGCAGUAUAAGGGAAAGACAAAAAUAAUUCCAUGUUUUAACCCCAACACAUUACUGCCUGAUCCUCUCUUAAGAGAUUACUGGGUGUAUGAGGGCUCUUUAACCACACCGCCGUGUAGUGAGAACGUCAUCUGGAUUCUUUACCGUUACCCCCUUACCAUCUCUCAGAUGCAGAUUGAGGAGUUUCGUCGUCUUAGGUCCCACAUUAAAGGAGCAGAGCUUCUAGAAGGCAAUGACGGGAUGCUGGGGGACAACUUCAGACCCACCCAGCCCCUGAGCGACAGGGUGGUCAGGGCAGCCUUCCAGUAAAACCCCCACAGCAGGAUCCAUUUUAAUCUGCCAUGGAAAUUAGAUAUGAUGAAGAAAUAGAGAUGAGGGCUCUACAACAUCCUGGCUAAAGUGAAACUUCAUCACUUCCUGUAUAUGUGCAUGGGCAUCAUUUUGUAGCUGCAUGUUCUGAGUAUGGCCCUGAUGUGUGCAGAAACUGCUUUUACCUUUCAUCUGAAACAAAAUUAUACUGGAUUUUAUGUAAACAAGAGGAAGUGAGUAAUUAUGAAGAGACACUUGGUGAUGAGGUUGUAUAAGCAAGAGUGAAGGAGCAUACUAACGCUUGAUGAAUAUUGUUAGAAUACUGCAGUUUAACAAUAUGUUUAUGUGUAAUCCUAUAAAUGUGGCUUUAUAGGAAGAUCAUAAUAUACAUGACUGAUACAUGACCCAUUCCAUAUAGUUUUAUAUUUGAUUAUUUCUGAUAUUUGACAUGAACAGGAGGUAGAAGGUAUUUAUGACUGUACAUUGAAGGCUUUUAAAUACUAAGAUUGAAAUAAAUUUAUGCUGUUGAAUGAACUGAUUAAAGACACAAAGAUUGAUUUCAUGGGUGCAUUUUUUGUCUUUACCUGCUGAUGAAUGAACAGAAUAUGAGCCUCUGUUUUGUUUUGUUUUUUUCAUUAUCUUGCUUUAUACAUCUUUAUAAGCAAUGUGGUCAUCUCUAGUCCUGCAAAAAAGGAAACAUGAUUCAUUGACAGAUAUGUCUGUCUGUACUAUUUCUGAAACCUGAUAAGACAGACUCUUCUCUUCUAGUGAGAAACCACAUUCAGGUGAAGAGUAUUGCUUUUGCACCUUGAAAAAUCCCUUGUCAUCAUAAUGAUUGUCAUGUAAGGAGUAAGGAUACUGACAUUUACAGUAGAAAAUAUAGUGUCAUUUCAAAUAGAUUCUCACUGUAAUUUUUCACUGGAUAUUUGGGGGGCAGUAUGUCAUUAUGUACUUAUUUGUUCAUAUGUAUUUCAAAUAAAGUUAAAUUUAAUGCA